GCAGCCGGGCGCGACAGCGGGGCCGGGGCCCCUGGGCGAUGGCCGCGGAGCUGGCGAUGGGCGCCGAACUGCCCAGCAGCCCGCUGGCCAUCGAGUACGUCAACGACUUCGACCUGAUGAAGUUCGAGGUGAAGAAGGAGCCGCCCGAGGCCGAGCGCUUCUGCCACCGCCUGCCGCCCGGCUCGCUGUCCUCGACGCCGCUCAGCACGCCCUGCUCCUCCGUGCCCUCCUCGCCCAGCUUCUGCGCGCCCAGCCCGGGCACCGGCGGCGGAGGCGGCGCGGGGGGCGGCAGCGGCGCGGCGCAGGCCGGGGCCACCGCGGGGCCGACGGGCGGGGGCCCGGGCGCCGUCGGGGGCGCCUCGGGGAAGCCGGCGCUGGAGGAUCUGUACUGGAUGAGCGGCUACCAGCACCACCUGAACCCCGAGGCGCUCAACCUGACGCCCGAGGACGCGGUGGAGGCGCUCAUCGGCAGCGGCCACCACGCGGGGCACCACGGCGCGCACCACCCGGCGGCCGCCGCGGCCUACGAGGCUUUCCGGGGCCAGGGCUUUGGGGGCGGCGGCGGCGCGGACGACAUGGGCACCGGCCACCACCACGGCGCGCACCACGCCGCCCACCACCACCACCACCACCACCACGCGGGCGCGGGCCACCACGGCGGCGGCGGCGGCGGCGCGGGCCACCACGUGCGCCUGGAGGAGCGCUUCUCCGACGACCAGCUGGUGUCCAUGUCGGUGCGCGAGCUGAACCGGCAGCUCCGCGGCUUCAGCAAGGAGGAGGUCAUCCGGCUGAAGCAGAAGCGGCGCACGCUCAAAAACCGCGGCUACGCGCAGUCGUGCCGCUUCAAGCGCGUGCAGCAGCGGCACAUUCUGGAGAGCGAGAAGUGCCAGCUCCAGAGCCAGGUGGAGCAGCUGAAGCUGGAGGUGGGGCGCCUGGCCAAGGAGCGGGACCUGUACAAGGAGAAAUACGAGAAGCUGGCGGGCCGGGGCGGCCCCGGGGGCGCGGGCGGGGCCGGCUUCCCGCGGGAGUCCUCGCCGCCGCAGGCCGGGCCCGGCGGGGCCAAGGGCGCACCCGACUUCUUCCUGUGA